AUGUUUGCCUGCAACCGGAAGCUUCGGAUCGGAUUUAGUCUUGCCUGCUGGAUAGGUCUCGUCGUGGCCCAAAAUGCCAGCGAUCAGAGGGUCAGUGAUCGAGAAGGAAAUCAUCUGGACCUGGCUGGAUCGGCCACCGCCAAGAGUUUCGAGCCACCGCCCGAAUUCUACAGGGGUCCAGGAUCCGGAGGUUCGAGUCCUUUGAGAGGACCCAGCAGUCAUCCCUCGCUGGGAAGUGUGGGCGAGAGUCUAAGUGAGACCUACAACAAGUGGAGAGCGGGGGCUACCAAUCUCCAGGACCGAAUCAGUGUGGGUCCUUAUGGAGGCGCUGGAGGAGUAGCUUCUCACGCACCGACCGUGGGGAGCUUUGAAAGCAAUUCCCAUCCUUAUCCUUACGAGUACUCCCACAGCAGUGGAGGAGGUGGAGCACCUGCUGGUUUUGGAGGUGGAGUAGGAUCCGGGGCCUAUUUCGGCAGCUCCAGUGUCGAAGCGGGUAUUCCAUUCGACGUGUAUGGAUCGCGUCCGGGUCACGGUGUCGGAGUGGGCCAUGGUCACUAUUCCCCGCCAGAGUAUGCGUAUCCGUAUCCCCUGGACCCUCACGAGAUAGCCGCGCACAAAGGUCCUGGUCACGGCGACGUCUCACCCAAAGCCCUUUUGGCCAAGAGCUUUCUAAUCCCACUGGCCAGUGCCGCAGUUUUGGGGAUUGCCGCCGCCCUGGUCAGCAAUCCCCUGCUCCUCCAGUUGGGCACUGUUUCCGGACUGGGAACCAUCGUCGGCAAACGCAAACGACGCGCAACUGGCCAAAAUCUGCUAACGAGAAAAGCCCAUGAAUACACUUUAUAAAUA